AUGUCAUCUCUUGCUAAUUAUUAUAAUCAUUCUAAUUAUACUUCUUUAUCCGAAUAUGAUGAUGCAAAUCAGUGUGAUUCAUCAUUUAAUAGUCAAAAUGAGAGUAUGAUGCAUAAAGUCAAAGAUGUCGUUUCGAAAAUUUUUCAUCCAUCCUUCUUAUUCUCAGCUAGCAAUGACACUGAUCGCUCAAAACGAAAACGAUCGGUUUCCAUUGAAAAUAAUGCUGAUGAACAACAAACAGAAACAUCAACGAAUAUCAUAACAAAUUUACGAACAACAACACCAAAACAUCUUGCUCGAACUACACGAGACGAUGGAUCAUCAUUAAUCGACGAAGAAGACGAUAGUAUUGAAGAUGUACUACCAACUGAACGAGAUUUAACAGAUAUCGAACAACAAAAGAAACGACCUCGCACAGCCAAUUAUCAAAAUAUUCAUGAUGAUGAAAGAAUGUCGUCACAUCCAAUUUCAACAGAUAGUAUUCGAUUAUUAUCAAAGCAUCGACUUGAUCAUACAAAAUCUAGUGAACAAAAUUAUAAUGAAACAAUAAAUCGAGUUUUACCAUCAUCAACACAACGUUUUAAUAGUUCUUUAACAUAUCGGCGAUCAACAUCAAAUUAUGAUCCAUCUAAAUCGCCUCUUUUUUCUGACCACAAUCGAAAACCAACCGCAAGAGCAACAACAACAACAUCAACAUCAAAUACUCAAUCAAAUGAAUUUUUAGCAAACCACUUACUAGCAACUGGUCUAAUUGAGCGACCGCAAUUAUCUGCAACAAAAAAUCAACAAUCGUCAGCAACACUAACAAAUCCUACAACUAAUACCAAUCGAUUAUUAUCAAAUGAACGAAAAAUAUUAGGAGUUAAUUAUGCAACAAUCAAUUCACAUCGUUUACCUUAUAUUGAAAGACUUCGUCGACGAACCUUACAAGAUUGUAUACGUCUCAAUCGAACACUCGAUAAUGAACCAUUAUCUGUAUCGACAAUUGAGGAACAUCAACCAAAAUCUACGUCGCCAGAAUUAAAACUAAAAAAAGUACAAGAAAAAGAAUGUGGUAUUCAAUGUGACAUUUCAAACGUCGACAUUAAAAAAAAUCAACGCAUCUUUCCUCCAGCAGAUAUUCAAUAUGAAGCAUUAUCAGUACCAAAUAAGGAUACAACUCAACCAUCUACUCAAACUGAACCACCAAUUGAAGAACCGCAAGUGUCAAUACCAACGAUCCAUAUUACUAAACCUAAAGUACUCGGUGAUGUUACACCAUUGUCAUGGCCAAAAUUUGCUCGAGCUCAAGAAGAAUAUGCCAAAAAGUAUCCAGAAAAAUGUACUAAUAUAGUACCUUCUAAAUCAAUUAAUACUUCUACGAAUGAUAAAUCAAAUCUUAUUAAUAAUUCAAUACUAGUUCAAACAACAAGUACAAUUACUAAUCUAAUGCCAAAGAUACCCACAAUAACUUUUACACCACCACCACCAUCAUCAUCAUCUUCUAUCCAGUCAAUAUGGAAAUGUCCUUCGUGUACCAAAGAACAUCCAGCACACACAGCAUCGUGUUCACUUUGUCAUGGUAUUAAUCCAAGUUAUAAAAAAUUAAGUGCACUUGCAUCAACAAUAACAGUAGAAAAAGAAUCAGUAUCAUCCAAAAAAUUGUCUGAUGCUACUACUGAAGAACCUAGUAUAUCUACACCUAUAACUGCUAUUAGCAAUCAAACAGCAACAACAAAAGAAAAUAGCUUAUCACUUCCAUCGAUGUUUACUACCCAUACUGCUUCACCAUCAUUCAAUCCCACUCCAAUCCAAUUAUUCCCAACAACUAAAGAAAAUCCAAUAAUCACUACUGUUUCACUAUUCAGUAUACAACCAGUUACAACUAAAGAGAAUCCAGUAACCACUACUACGUCAGUUUCUGGUACAACUUCGUCGAUUUCAACUCAAGUACUUCCUCUAUUUGGUAGCACGCCCAUAGUAUCACCAAUAACAGUAACUAAAGAAAAUUCUGUGCCUACUACUACUACGAUAUCUUUCAUGGGUACACCACCAACAACUGCUCAAGAAAGUUCUUUCACAGCCAGUACUACACCUAUAUUAAAUACUACAACAAAAUUAGAUAAGUCACUGAAUGAUAGUACAAGCAAUCAGUUUCGAUUUGGUACGCCAUCCCUACUCUUUUCAUCAGUCCCGUCAACAAGUACUGCCACAAUAGUUACAACUUCUACUGCUCCUUUCACUGUUACAAUGACAGAAAGUGUACCAAUGUCGCCAAUACUAUCUUCUUCAUCAUCUGAAUAUUUUCGAACAUUUGGCAAUGCUUCUAAUAUAGCAACAACGGCUCCAUUUACAAUGCAAGCCAAUACUUCAACUUCAUCGUUAGCAAUAAACCCAACUAUAUCUGGUUCUUCAAUGGCAACAGCACCGCUCAUAAAUACAACAUCGUCUCCAAUGUCAACAGUAACUAGUUUUCCCACAUCGAAUAGUUUUGCAUCCUUAUCUCAAACAACACCAGCUCCAUUUCAAUUCGGUACCGCUGCCAUUAAUGUUGUACCUGCUUCCACAACAAUGCAAAGCAGUCCAUCAUCUGGAAUUACAACUCAUAGUUCUUCAAAUUUCUUUUCAUCAUCUGCUAGUUCAAAUGUUGGUCCAACAUUUGGUACGAAUUCUUUAUUUAACAUGGGUUCAAUAUCAGCUGGUACACCUUCGAAUUCAUUUUCGUUAUUGCCGUCAACAAAUAAUGCACCAUUCGCAUUCAGUUUUGCAUCCCAAUCAAAUACAAUUGUAAAUCCUACUCAGAAUUCAAUAGAACCAGCCGCUUCUACUAGUGGAUUUAUAUUUGUACCUCAAGCUUCAUCAGGAUUAUCAACAUUUGGUGUUGCUCCGUCUGCAUUAUCACAGGGUGGCUUUAAUUUUACUAGAACAACAUCAGCACCAAUUAUCAAUAAUCAAUUUUCACCAGUAGACCAAUCUAAUUCUUCUCCAAGUGGCACAAAUCCUUUCGAUAUUACCAGAGAUGAUGCAGCGAACGGUUCACGUCCUAUGCUAAGAGCUAAACGCCGACAACGGAAUUAA